CAAAUAUAAAACGGGCGGCGAAGUUAGUCGUAGUUAGUUUAAGUUCGAAAAGCGAUCAGUCGACUUCGAAAUACACGAAGAGUGACUAACGAUAAAAAUAAAGUUUUUAACGAUCGAAAUAAAUUAAACGAAUAUAUACGAGUGUGCGUUCAAUUAACACCGUGAACCUUGACAAAAUACGAUCUAACGGUUAAAAAGAAACCAUAAAAGAAUAAAUUAAGAAAAAGAAAAAAGAACGAAAAAAAAAUUCGAUAUAAAAUGGCAUUAGUACCGAGUACUAUGUUUCGUAAUUGGUGGGACGAAAUGGACCGUUUUCAUCGUGAAUUGGAACAACAUUUUCAACGUUUAUCAACGACACACGAUUUUCCUUCGCCACCAGCAUUACCGUCAUUUAAAGAAUUCUUUCGUCCUUGGCGCGAAGUAUUCCAGGAAUUAGAACAACAAGUAGGAGGUUCGGCAAAGGUCGAAGAGGGCCAAGAUAAGUACAGAGUGAUCGUCGAUGUGCAACAAUUUGCACCGGAGGAAAUAACCGUUAGAACAGAUGACAAAUGUAUUACCAUUGAGGGUAAACACGAGGAGAAGAAAGAUCAACAUGGUUAUAUCUCACGACAUUUCGUACGACGAUAUCAACUACCUCAAGGUUAUGAUAUCGGCCAUGUUAGACCAAGCUUAUCAUCCGAUGGCAUUCUAACUAUCACUGCACCAAGACUUGUUUUACCUGCUCCUGGCGAAAGAAUCGUUCCGAUUGAACGUCAAAACAGACCUGCCAUCAAAGUCUAAAGAAAGAAAGAAAGAAAAAAAAAAGAAAAAAGGAAAAGAAAAGAAAGAGAAAAAAACAAUCAUUCGUUUACAACUUCAAAUACAAUAAUCUUAUUCUUUUUCUAAUUGAUAUCAACUCAAUAAUAUUAGCGAAAUAUUCGAUUACUUACCCGUCUUUUAUUCGCUUAUUUGUACUUCUAAAUGAUAGAUUUUUGUUUCGUUAAUUUUUGGAUCAAUUAACGAUUAAGAUCAAUUAAUAUGUACGAGAUAACAAUGAGAUUGGAUUUCGACGUGCAUUCAAAAAUUCGCGGGUAUAUUUGAAAUCUUUGCUUUCUCUCUCUCUCUCUCUCUAUCUAUCUAUCUUUAUCUAUCUAUCUUUCUGUAGUUGGUAUUAUAAUAUAUUAUACUAGCUUAAUGGCUUUGUAAUAUAGUUGUAUAUCAUUCUAAAUUAUUACUUGUUAUACAAGAAUAUUAUAAUAUUUGUAGUAUUUUAAUUAUUAUAUGAAUUGUGUUAACAAUAUUCUCGUAUAUCGAUUGAAGAUAAAUGAUGAAACAAAAAAACAAAAAAACAAAAAAAAAAAGAAAAGAAAAAGAAGAAGAAGAAAAGAGAAACUAUGUAUGAAGAUUCCUGGAUUAUUACUUUUUCUUUUUUUUUUUUUUUUAUAUUUGAUAAAUAUCGGUUGUUAAUUCGAAUUUCAUUUAUAUGGCAAUUGUCAAUAUUUUCCUUUUCACUUUCAGAAUUAGAGUUUCAAUGAUGUAUUAUACAAGUAAUAGGUAUGUUCCGAGAAUUACUGUUAUGAGAUAAUUGAAAUCGAGUCACGUAUACAUGUGUCUCAUUAUGUGAUACUUAUCUGAAAAAUGUUUAUGUUGUAUGGAUAGAAUGGAAUGCAUAAUUAUAAAUACAUAAUGAAUGCAUAAUACAAAUACACGUAACAAACUGUUAUUAAAGGAAAAAUAUUAA